CACGAUUCAUAACCUUAGCCGAGUGACUUUAAGAUGGCUGGAACGAGGACAUCCGCUGUCGGCCUUCGAUCCGCACCAUCCUCAAACCAUCUGGCAAUGCCGUCGACACUCUGGAAGCGAUCUCGCCCACGAGUUAGCACGGCCCUCACAGGAGCCUGCCUUUGUAUUUCCGCCGGACAUACCUAACGUGAGACUCCCGGAUGAUGCCCCGGAUGUUUCGGCAUCUAGCCUUUCCCAUCUGGGAGACCUAAACCUCCUAAACAAAAAGCUUCACACCAAGAAAAACAUCAUCAUCAUCAGCGGCGCUGGCGUCUCACCCAACGCAGGCAGUAAGUCCUGCUCCCGUUCCACCCUCAAAAAAAUCCAGCCGCAAUGUAUACGACGUUUCGGCCUAUUCUACACUGGAGUUGGCCGAUACGUUGCACGCCGAUGUUGCAGAAAUUGCGGUCUGGCCGAAAAGCCAUGUUCACCCCAUUCGAUGCCUUCGCCGAGCGCCUGGCUCAGUCCGAUCAUCUUCGAUACCAUUACACCCAGAACAUCGAUUGUCGCCAAACUAGGCUCACUUAUCUUUCUCAGAGGACAAUGUGGCUCCAUGGCCGGGCAGAUACACUAGUCUGCCACCUAAGACCCUCACACACUGUACAGGUCACUCCACCGUCCUUCCCACGAUGGGUACUGGCUCCCUGCCCUUUGUGUAAGACAGAACAGAGGAAUCGGGUCAUGGCACGCAAGCGAAAGCGAGCUGUGGGAUUUCUCCGACCAAAUGUUCUUCUCUACGGAGAAAAUUGUCCUGGCGAAGAAGAGAUCACGGCCGCAUUCAACCGCGACCUAACGCAGCCCGUCGAUGCCGUCCUAAUCGUCGGGACGAGGUUGUCGAUUCCUUCGCUAGCGAAUUUCACUGAGCGUCUCUGUAAGGUAGUAAGAGCAAACAAUCCGGACAAUCUGGUCAUAUGGGUGAGCAAGGGGUCACCGACGCUUGGUGGGGGCUUCCAGUCUCUCAUCAACUUUGAGUAUCUCGGAGACUGCGACGAUUUUGCUUCAGCGAUGUCUGGAUAGAUGAAGGCUU